CUCCCUCCAGUGAACAGUAAAAAUGUGCAGUAUGUGGCAUUUCAGAGUCAGUGUAGUAAAGUCUGCCACUGAACGCUGACUGGAUACUCACUCUUCUCUACCUUUACCUGUUUUCAUCAAGCCACACAGCCAGACUCACAAUGCCAAACUGGGGAGGAGGCAACAAGUGCACAGCAUGCCAGGGGACGGUGUACCACGCCGAGGAGGUGCAGUGUGACGGAAAGUUUUUCCACAAAUGCUGUUUCCUCUGCAUGGUCUGCAGGAAGGGCUUAGACAGCACCACGCUGGCUAUUCAUGACCAGGAGAUCUACUGCAAGUCGUGCUACGGGAAGAAGUAUGGCCCAAAAGGUUACGGCUAUGGUCAGGGGGCGGGGACACUCAACAUGGACCGAGGAGAGCGGCUGGGAAUCAAACACCAAGAGACACACACUCACAAACCCACCACCAACCCCAACCCGUCCAAAUACGCCCAGAAGUUUGGAGGUUCAGAGAAAUGUGCUCGAUGUGGAGACUCGGUCUACGCAGCUGAGAAAAUCAUGGGAGCGGGCAAGCCGUGGCACAAGAACUGCUUCCGCUGUUUAAAGUGUGGGAAGAGUCUGGAGUCGACCACGCAGACGGAGAAAGACGGAGAAAUCUACUGCAAAGCGUGUUACGCCAAGAACUUUGGGCCCAAAGGGUUCGGUUACGGCCAGGGAGCCGGUGCCCUGGUCCACGCUCAGUGAUGGAUAAACUGGAUCUUUGUUACCUUCAUGCAUUUUCUGUUUCCAACAUGAACAUUAAUCUUCCAUCAUCUCGUCUUUUUUUCCCUUUGAAUGCUUUUAUGUUUGAUCCGUGCUCAUGCUGCGAAUAAACACAUGAAACCACAAUGUU